GAUAUGAAACCAUUUCGGAUCGGAUUUGGGCGAAAAUAAAAUUUACUUCCACAUACACAGCUUGCGAAAAUGGAAAACGAGCAGUGCGCAUUGCCCCGGCUGCCGGUAGACGGCGAAUCCAUUCGGUUCAAUGACUGGAACAUUAGCUACGAAAAGUCGCACAUAUUGAAAAGUAUCUGCAAGCAGGGCAGCACCAAGUGCUGCGACAAGGACGAUGCCAAUCGCUGUGAACUCUGCCACUAUCAAUACUCGCUGGACCUGCCUCACUUGCCUGACAUGGUGUUCCACAAAAACAAACUGGUGCUGCAGCACAAGGACGGCGCUCUUAUGGAGUUCAAGCCUAUGGAUGCCCUGGCCCUGGUCGACAAUGGCAAACAGCCUAUGGAGGUGGCCUGUGCCCAGGAAUGGCGUCUUACCCGUCCGGAGCAAACCAUGGAGGAGAAGUUCAAGCCGUUCGACUGGACAUUCACGUCCACCUAUCAGGGCACCAUGAACGAGAAGAUCCGCUCGGAGAGCUCAGAUAUGACUCUCAACAAAUUCAAGUUAAUGCAACGCGAGAAUAUAAUCUUUUAUACAGAUCUCACCCUGUUCGAGGAUGAGCUGCACGAUCACGGCAUCUCGGUGAUGAGUGUGCGCAUCCGUGUGAUGCCUUCAGGUUUCUUCAUACUUCUUCGUCACUUCCUGCGCGUCGACGAUGUUGUAAUGCGCAUGUACGAUACGCGAUUCCAUCAUGAAAUAGAGAACGAUUAUAUCCUCAAGGAGUACGUGCAUCGGGAGGCUCCGUGCUCGAAGCUUCAGAGCUCGAUGGCCUUCUGGACCAAUCCGGAUGAGAUGCAAAACUACCUUCCCGUGCUCUCCAAGCAAAUGCACAAGUUGUUCUUCAAUUAGCUGACCAUACCACCAUACCACCAUACCACCACCCACCAUCCUCAGUAUACCACCCGCACAGGCUUAAAAAUUCAAUUCAAAAUUUUAUUAAACAUUGAUCUAAGACCUGCUAUGUGCUAUGUUCGAUUAAAUACAUAUUUCCAUAA